CCUCGACAGCAUGCAACUAAUAUAGCUCCUCGCCUACAUGAUGCAAAUAUAUAUAUAUGUAGCUAUAUCAUACCAACGUAUAACCCACAGACAUGGAAUAAAUAUGUGAAAAGGGAUGGCUUUAGGACCGAGCCCUCUUACGCAGGUUUUCUAGAUCAUUCCCUAAAAUAAAAAAACGCGCAUGAGAAGGAGGCGUGAACGCAUCGUCCGGACCAGAAGACAAAGCAUCCUCAGUUCUGACCCAAGCUGACGGGACAGAGGGUUGAGGGAAUCUCCUAGCAGAGAGCAUCAUGGGAGGAGCCGUGGUAGACGAUGAGCCUAGUGAUGUGAAGGCGCCAGACGGAGGGUGGGGCUGGGCCGUGCUGGCCGGAGGGUUUGUCAUCACUGGGUUCUCCUAUGCCUUCCCCAAGGCUGUCAGUGUGUUUUUCAAGGAGUUGAUCAGGGAGUUCGGAGUGGGAUAUAGCGACUGUGCAUGGAUUUCUUCUAUACUGUUGGCCAUGCUCUAUGGCACAGGUCCACUGUGCAGUGUGCUGGUGAACAAGUUUGGGUGUCGGCCAGUGAUGAUGGUGGGAGGGCUCUUUGCCUCCUUGGGAAUGAUUCUGGCAUCCUUGGCCACCAGUAUCAUACACAUCUACCUCUGUACUGGAGUUAUAACGGGUCUGGGCCUGGCACUGAACUUCCAGCCAUCUCUGAUCAUGCUGAAUCGUUACUUUAGUGAGAAGAGGCCUCUAGCUAACGGACUAUCUGCUGCCGGGAGCCCCGUGGCCCUCUGCUGCCUCUCGCCUCUGGGACAGGUACUGCAGUACCACUACGGUUGGAGAGGCGGCUUCCUCAUCCUGGGAGGUCUGCUGCUCAACUGCUGCGCAUGUGGGGCCCUGAUGAGGCCCCUGGUGGGCCCCAAGAAGCCCCAGGACCAGGAGUUACAGGCUGUAGACCAAGCAGAAAAAAAGCCCAAACCUCCGAAGAAGCUCCUGGACUUUAGCGUAUUUAAAGACCGAGGUUUCCUCAUCUAUGCCAUAGCUGCGUCCAUCAUGGUACUGGGUCUGUUUGUGCCCCCUGUGUUUGUGGUGAGCUAUGCCAAGGAGAUGGGGAAUGAAGACACCAAGUCUGCCCUCCUCCUCACCAUCCUAGGGUUUGUUGAUAUCUUCGCCCGGCCCACGUGUGGGCUGAUCGCGGGGAUGAAGUGGGUGCGUCCUAGAUGUGUGUAUCUGUUCAGCUUCGCCAUACUCUUUAAUGGCAUCACCGACGUGGUCAGCUCACGGGCGACAGACUACCCUGGUCUGGUGGUGUUCUGUAUCUUCUUUGGCCUCUCUUAUGGGAUGGUAGGGGCGCUGCAGUUCGAGGUUCUCAUGGCCAUCGUGGGCACCAAGAAGUUCUCCAGCGCUUUAGGGCUGGUGUUGCUCAUGGAGGCAAUCGCUGUGCUGGUGGGACCGCCUGGAGCAGGUCGUCUGCUGGACACCACCCAUAACUACAUGCAUGUGUUCCUGCUUGCUGGCUGUGAGGUCAUUCUGGCCUCUAUUGUCAUCUGCCUGGGCAACUUCCUGUGCAUCAAGAAGAAGUCAGACGAGCCCGAAGCCCAUCUAGAGAAUGGAGCCCCCGCAGAGAUGGAGAAGCUCAACAGCCUGCCAGAGGGAGGGAAGACUGAGAGCGAGCAGCCGGAAGGGGACAUUUCCACAGUGACGGUAUUUGUUUAUGGAGACACUCCCCAGUGAGGAGAGAUGAAAGAAACAAUGGAACUCUUCUUUCCUCCUGAGUGACAGUGGCUUCCAGUGACGUGAGAUCUUGAAGUGACUUCUUUUCAAAGACAAGAAACAUCUCUGUACAAGAAAAGUUUUAUUUUAAUUUUAUUUUUUUAAGACCUUUUUUUAAGACCUUUAAGACCUCCCAAACUCAGAUUCAGCUUAGUCCUGGACUGAGAAGCAUGCUCAAUGGAAAUUCUUAAUUGAAAGUGUUUUUUUUAGUUCAGGACUAGGUGUGAUCUGUGUUCGAGAAAGUUGCCACAAAAGUAUUAUUUCAACUACCCAUGUUGUGGCAGGUUGCAGGCAACAUGGGUUAUUGUAUGAUUGAUGGUGUGACAUAUACUAUUUUAUUAACGGUCCAAUGCAACAGUUUUUUAAAAUCUCAAUAGCAAAUCAUUUCUGGGUAACAAUUUAAGUACCUUACUGUGAUUGUUUUAAAUUAAAAUGGUCAAAUAAAAUGAAGCUUUCUUAGCAAAGAGCAAUUUCUCAAGCAAGAAUAUUGAUAAUACUGUCAGAGUGGUCUGAGUGUGGAAGGGAAAACUAGCAGUUUUGGCAAAGAGGUUUGGAACUUUGUUUCUUAUUGGUCUAUUGAUGUCACCAGGCAGGACAAAACUCCAUCCCACCAAAACAGGCUUCAAUUUCAGGCAGUCUUUUCAAAAGCUCUUAUACUUAAAGGGCAUUUUCACAAUUUCACAGUAUUAUUCCAACUUCCGUGUCAAAAUAAAAACAGAAAUCACGUUUUUGACUGCACAAGGUCUUUAUGGUAUAAUGUUACUGAGUUAUACAGGUUACAGUAAGGUCUAGGUGCUUGGUGAAAUUUUAUGAGAGCAUCUCUCAUAAAUCAUUAUCAGUUUCUUUCAAUAAAAGUAAUCUUCAGCCAGUAGCCUAACACGCGUGCACACACACACAGUUUCUGAUAUAAAUAUAUAUUUACUCCAUGAACUGAAUACGUUUAAGCCUUAUUUUAUUACAUAUAUUUCACUGUUUGUCUUCCAAUGUAAGGACUUUGUCAUAGCUGAGAUGUUUGAUAAAUCACAUUGAACUGGACAUUUUAUAUAUAUAUAUAUAUCUACUGAGGGCAUUAGCGUGUCACUUUUCUGCUAGAAUGCAGUGCUUGUUUCAGUGUUUUUGUUCGGACUGCAGAUGUACAUUUUAAAGGAUAUUUCAAGCAUUUGUCUGUUGUUUAUGCUGACAGGUGGAGUAAGAAUGUUGGCAGUCUACAGAUGGGAGUCUACAAAGAUCCUGUUGUGUAGUGUUGGUGUAUCCAAACUUAACCAAACCCUACACAACUGUCUAUCUCUUUAGAUCUGAAAAGCGGGACCCCUUAACAUGUGACAGGAUAUGACAUUAUAGCUAACCCCAGCACACUGAUGUAAUAUGGAGUAAGACCUAUUUUAUAUAGUAGUGCCUUAAACCUGAUACAUUGGCAUCUGGGGAUGCUGUGAAAUUGACCAUAAGAAAAGCCGAUUACCCAGUAAUAGAAUAUAUAGUGGUAUUUCGAUAUUUUCUUACACCGAUGCAGUGUAUUACAUUGCCUGUGAUGUCACCUGAUAAGUUAUCCCAGCUAAACAAAGUGAAGCACUUUGCUCUGCUCUACGAAGGUUGGCUUUGCACUUGUAAAACUGUGUGUAGUCAGUAUUGUCCUAUAUGUUUCUGCAUGUUGAUAAAUUGAUCUGCCUAUCUUGUCUGUCUGUGUGAGAUCUUUGUGCUUAUGAAUUAUAGAUCUGCAGACACUUACAAACCACAACCAUGUCCACGAGCACCCUCAUGGUUGACUGUCAAACGUUCAUGUGGAUUUAUUCUAUUCAUAUUCUUCUGAGAUACGGCUGCUUCUUGACGUGUUCCUAUACCAUCCCAAUAAAUAUAUCUUCUGUGGAGAAAGUGGCUGCUUCUUGACGUGUUCCUAUACCAUCCCAAUAAAUAUCUCUUCUGUGGAGAAAGUGGCUGGUUCUUUAACGCUUGAUAGUGAGCAUGUUGACUCUCUCUUUAGAUGCUCUAUUGGGAAUGGAAACACAAACAUGUUAGUGAGUGUUUAAUCCAAGGCCUACUCUCCAAUCCUCGUAGGCAGGAUGUGUUGUAUUUAGUACCAUAGAUGGAGGUAGUCUUGGUGGUAGCACAAUGUGCCAAAUAAACAACGGCCCUUAAUCACUUCAGAUGGGAUUGGCACCUAGACAUUGAGAUCGGCUUGAGAACAAUGGUAAACACACUUCGUAGGGUAUCUCAGUCAGCAGAAUCGGCACCAGGAGAAUGUUCAAGGCUGUCCAAAAUCACCCUUUAUGGGUCAAUGGCUGUGAAUACAGGAGUGGUUUGUAUUUGACUAUGAUAAUAAAUGUUGGAACCUUAAAGACCGUU